AUGCCUCCCCAAAGAGCUAAUACCCAUAGAAACGACAAUCAGACACCCCAACAUGUUGAUCCCUUGAACAAGAAUAUGUCUCAGGCCAAGUUUCGGGUAGAUUUUCAGAUAUUAGCCCAAGCCAUGACUGCUACUGUGCAAGCCAAUAAUCAGGCUAAUGUUCUGUAUCAGCAAGGUGGUGACACAAUCACAGCCAGACUUCGUGACUUUAUGAGAAUAAACCCGCUUGAGUUCUUUGGGUCAAAUAUAGAUGAGAACCCACAGUUGUAUCUUUAUAAGACAGAUGGUCAGGUUGAGGGGAUUAUCCAGACUCUGGAAGACAUGUUGAGGGCAUUGUUUGAGGCUAUAGAGAAGGUUAAGUUGAUUAGAGAAAGGUUAAAGAUAGCCCAGAAUGGUCAGAAAUCAUAUGCAGACAUGAGAAGAGGGACCUUGAGUUUGAGGACUGCUUUGCUCAACAAGGACAUGGAUCUUGAUAGACUAAUGGUGCAUGCUCAACAGAUUGAGGCAGAAAAAAUAAAGGAUAGAGAAGCGUCGUUAUCAGCCAGUGCUCCCACACCCAGAAUCAGGCAGGAUCCGGCGAAUAAGUCUUCAAUUUCUAGAUACCAACAUAGUGUGAGUAACAAGCCUAAUUAUCCUUCAUAUGCUAAGUAUAGUAGGAUCCAUCCAGGCGAGUGCUUGGCCGAUCAGAGGGGUUGUUUUGGAUGUGGAAAUUUAGGCCACAAACUUAGAGAAUGUUCGCAUACUAGACAUGGGUGCCGUGAUUUUCGACCCCAGGCUCAGGCUGCCAGUGCACCAGGUCGUUUAGCCCAUCCAGCCCCUCCUCAAGGCGCUUUAUCCAACACCGCUGGCGAUCAACACCAAAAUCGAUUCUAUGCUUUUCCAUCCCACUAG